AUGACCUACGUCACUAGCAAGAACUUAGGAAACCAGUCUCAUAUCGAUGAGUUCAUUCUCUUGGGCUUCACAAACUUCUCCAUGAAGCUCCAGCUAUUUCUAUUCAUUAUUUUUAUCCUCAUUUAUAUAUUCACUUUAUUGGGCAAUUUCACAAUCAUCUCAGUUACUACUCUGGACUCCCUACUCUACACCCCUAUGUAUUACUUUCUCCGCAACCUUUCUUUCCUUGAAAUCUGCUACAUUACAGUAACCUUACCAAAGCUGCUUCACACCUUUGUUGCCAUGAGGAAAACCAUCUCCUUCUACGGAUGCUGUAUGCAGAUGUAUUGCUUCUUCACUCUUGGUGUCACAGAAUGCUUUCUUCUCUCUGUUAUGGCUUAUGACCGCUAUGCAGCCAUCUGCGACCCCUUGAG